CCGCAUCAGGAAGCGGGUGAGCCGACUGUUGACAGCUCUCCAGUUAACGAAAGAUGGUGAAACGCUGUCACCCGGAGCAGUAAUCGCCCGCCAGCCGCCUGAGCUCCGGCCGAGUCCCCCCGCUGUAAGGUCCGCUGCUGAAAGUUUGAAGCUCCGCUGCCAGAGAUGGACGGUGGAUCGGAGGUGCAAAUGGAGGCCCCCGCCUUCUGCUGCUCCACAUGUGAGGGAGCGCCAACGCCAGGCCACCGCUCUGCUCAGCGCUUCAAGAGCCGCAGCCUGAGCACCUCCUCAGCCUCCGCCUACUCGGAACACAGGAGGAAUCAGUCGCUUCACGGACCAAGUCCCGUCACCACCUUUGGCCCGAAGGCAUGCAUGCUCCAGAACCCUCAUACUGUGAUGCACAUCCAGGACCCCGCCAGCCAGAGACUGACGUGGAACAAGUCUCCCAAAAGUGUCCUCGUCAUCAAGAAGAUCCGAGAUCCCAGUCUGCUGCAGCCCUUCAAGGAGCUCUGCACGUUCUUAACAGAGGUGAAGAACAUGAUUGUUUACGUGGAGAAGAAGGUUCUGGACGAUCCAGCCAUUUCAGGCGACGAGGUUUUCGCCGCCAUCACUAAGAAAUUUUGCACUUUCAGAGAAGAUCUGGACGACAUCUCCAAUCGUGUGGACUUCAUCAUCUGCCUCGGCGGAGACGGGACCUUGCUCUACGCCUCUUCGCUCUUCCAGGAGAGCGUCCCCCCCGUCAUGGCCUUCCACCUGGGCUCUCUGGGCUUUCUGACGCCUUUCAAGUUCGACACCUAUCAGUCUCAGGUCACGCAGAUCAUCGAAGGCAACGCCGCCAUCGUCCUGCGGAGCCGCCUGCAGGUGCGCGUGCUGAAAGAGAACUGGGAGAAGAAGGACACGGUGGACGAGAAGGGCAUCAUCCUGACCAACAAGGACGUGGAGAGCAACCGCAAAGCCAUGCAGUACCAGGUGCUCAACGAGGUGGUGGUGGACAGAGGACCCUCCUCCUACCUCUCUAAUGUGGACCUCUUCUUGGACGGACACCUCAUCACCACAGUGCAGGGAGACGGUUUGAUCGUUUCCACGCCGACCGGCAGCACGGCGUACGCAGUGGCAGCCGGAGCGUCCAUGAUCCACCCCAACGUCCCGGCCAUCAUGAUCACCCCCAUCUGCCCUCACUCGCUCUCCUUCAGGCCCAUCGUGGUGCCCGCCGGGGUGGAGCUCAAGAUAAAGCUGUCUCCGGACGCCAGGAACACGGCCUGGGUGUCGUUCGAUGGGAGGAAGAGGCAGGAGAUCUGCCACGGAGACAGUAUCACCAUCACCACUUCCUGCUUCCCCGUUCCCUCCAUCUGCUUCCGUGACCCGGUGAACGACUGGUUCGAGAGCCUGGCCACAUGUUUACACUGGAACGUGAGGAAGAAGCAGAACUACCUCGGCUCGGAGGACGAGGAGUUCUGAGCGCCGCUCCGUUCGCCCACCGUCGCGUUUCGAGGACUGUUGCUUUUUAUAAAUCAAGUCAAAGUGCAGUUGUUUUGGACAAAACGAUAAAAAAAAAAAAAAAAA